AUGUUCGUACCCGACCUCUUGCAUGAAGUCGAAUUGGGGGUUGCCAAAGCCAUUGUCAUCCAUAUUAUUCGAAUGUUACACGCCUUCAAGAACAUCGAUGAAUUUGACCAACGAUUCCGGGAGGUUCCCACCUUCGGGCGUAGUACCAUCCAUUCUUUCUGCAAGAACAUGUCCGAGUUGAAGUACGCUGCCACCAGAAACUACGAAGACAUCAUACAGUGUAUUCUCCCGGUUCUCGAAGGAUUAUUUCCUAAACAUCAAGUACUGAUCGACAAACUUGCUUUCGAAUUAGCAAUCUGGCACAGAUAUGCCAAGCUCCGGAUGCAUACUACGUCUACUAUCCAACUCUUUCACCUGGCGACCAAAGAUCUUUGCACUACCAUCCGUCGUUUUGCUCGAGAAACUGUGAAUGUCAAAACCUACGAGCUUCCCAGAGAAACAAGGCGACGAAUGAACCGACCAUCCAAGGCCCCUCCACCAAACUUAUCCGUUCCAGCCCCGCCCGGCGUCGGACAAUCUACCGAUACCUUCUGCCUCAUCGCAGUCUGCUACCCAGGCUGUGGCAACACCUCCGACCUCAAAGAAGAAGAAGACGCCCGCUCAGAAGCUGGAAAAGCCAUUCAACUUUCACAUACAAGCUUCACUCAAUCCCCAAUUACCCCGAUGCUAUUGCAGAUUGCGAAGCAUGAACAACGUCAACGAUUAAUGAGGGCCAUGUGGGAACGAAGGAGGCGGUACAAGGAAGCAGAGAAAGGACAUGUCAAUCCAUCCUCGGCCUCGAAUAUUUCCACUUACGCCAACUCCACGAUUUCGCACAAGCCAAUCAAAAACCGACGUGAACGCUUGUGCACUGUGCUCUGUCCCAAAGCUACCUAUAGUCAUUAUACAUACGUGCCUCCCGAACAACAUCAUUACAUCUCGGAUUCCAUCCGAACAUCGAUUCGUCUCUCAGACCUUGUCGACACGGACUUGCACUCAGACACUAACACGGAUGGUGGAGAUGGUCCAAUGGCUAUUGACCCACCCGAUCCUGUAAUCCCUGACCCUGCACUACAUAAUUUUACACGCAAGUUAAAGUCUCACCUACGACAAAGGCUCCUAGGUUCGGAGUACGAUGGUGACGACACAUGUUUCACUGAUGAAGAGCUCAUAAAUGUGGUACUCGAGAAGGACGCCCUUUAUAGUCACGCCACUCUGCGAGUAAACUUCACCACUUACGAUCUCCGAAGAGACCAAGACGUCAUCAACCCCCAGUCCCGGAAAUUCUGUAUCGUUGCGGGUCAAGACCCACAGGACCGCCAUGAACUCUGGUACGGCGAAGUCCUUGGGAUUUUCCAUACCCGUGUGCUUCUGGCCGACCAGCCGAACAAAGCUCGGCGUAUGGAGUUCCUUUGGAUGCGGUGGCUGCAGCGCGAUGUGACCUACCGAUGUGGUCUGAAGGCUAAGCGCCUGCCUCGCGUACACUAUAUGCCUCAUGAUGUCCCGGAUACAUUUGGCUUCUUGGACCCCAGCGAUAUUAUUCACGGCUGCCAUCUUAUCCCAGCAUUCGCUCACGGCCACACUACACAAUAUCUUCCUAAAUCUAUGGCUCGACAGGCAUCUGAACAAGACAAAGACUGGAAAUAUUUUUACGUCAAUAUGGUCGUCAAUCGAGAUAUGAUGAUGUGGUAUCACGACCGCGUCAUUGGUCACCGCAAAACUCGAGCUCCAACAAGGAAUCCCACAACAGAACAGGAGCAGAUAACUGAAGAAGUUGUUGAUGAUGUGGUGGCUGAUAUGGCAGAGGAGGUCAAUGUGGCGGCUGUUGUAGCGGAAGAAGAUGAUGAAGAAGAAGAAGGAGAGCCAGAUGACUGGGUUGCAGAGGGUGCUGAUUUUGAUACGGAUAACGAGCAUGAAGAAGAUGAGGGUGGCAAAGACGAAGACGAAGAUUCACUCAGCCAUGCUACCAUUGUAAGCAGAUUAGGUUAUGAUUCAGAAUAA